UGCUGUGGCGAUAGUUUGCAGUUUGUUUUUAUCCGAAAAAAAAACUUUCUCAAAAGAAAAGGCGAUGGUCAAAGAAGUGGAGACAAGACAACGCGAGCAUGGACUAUACUUGCUACAUCAUGAUAUGGAGAUUUGUGCAGAAUUCCAUCGAAUAACAAGUAAAAAUUUAAAGAGUACAUUUUAUUCUGCAUUUGAUAAGUACAUGCCACGCCUAAUGACGAUAUACCGUGAAAAAGCGGCCUGCACUGGCAAAACUUCUGAAUUGCUAAGAAGCAUCUUCAGGACCUAUGAUCUCCUUGAAGACGUCAAUAUCUACAGCAGACGGACAGUUACUCUGCGGGCCCUUCCCAUCUUCCUGCGGGAAGAUGCUGCUGGAUUUUUUAAGACCUGGAAUGCAGAAGAAAUUGACCUCCCAGACAUCUCGGACGCAACUCUUGCUAUUCUCACUGUCUCAAGUGAUACGGACUCCCUUGUGACGUUUGCUCCUGCUAUUAAUUCUAUAGUUCUUGAGGGACAUAUUGUUGUGCGUGAUAUAGCGGAGUUGACAGAGGCAUUCAUUUUGCUGUUCGGUUUAAUUUAUGCACUUCACCUUGAUUAUCCAAAACAAUUGUCAUACACAUUCAGUUUCAUUCAGAGAAUUAUAAUGGGUUUGGAUGACCUGAAGGGGUUACCUCCAAGACUGCUUAGCCUUAAAAAUGAGUUGAUGAUGGAUGAGUAAGCCUAAGUCUGCUUUCCAAAUGUCAUUGUUGGUGCUGGCAGCAUGUUUACAAUCAAGCAAGCAAUGGAGUACCAUUUUUUUCCUGCUUUUUAUUAAUGCCGCCCUAUUAUUGUUGGCCUAUUAUUUAGUUUUUUGAGAAUUUUUACCUUUGUGGUUAUUUCUUUGAUUUU